AUGGACAAACGAUUAUGGAGAUUUGGGCAGCAAUUGCCCGUAGAGAAUAAGUUUCAUGCUAUCCUCAAGCUAGAGUUGCUGAGAAAAUCGCUCGGUGAUUGGGAGACAAUAGAUACAGACGAACAUAAUAAAAUGUGCCGAAAGUGUCACAUACCGUGGACGGAUGGUUUCUUUAACGUGGAGGUUGUACCGGGUUGUAAGCGCAGCCGAAUGCAGAUAGAAAAACUCCAAUGCAAAGACAAACUCACCAAACAGCAACAAUCGUUGGUUAAAUAUCUGAAAACGCGAACGGGCCGUGUUGCGAAAUACACGUGUCAAAUUUGUUCGUACAAAACACGAAUCCCGCUGGAUCCAAAAGUGAAAUGGCCCACACCUAAAGCUUCUACUUCAGCGGUAGCAGAUUCUGAAGAAGGUGCUGAAUUUAAGGAGAUCUACAAUCAAUGGCUUAAGGAAAAGCAGCGGAAAAGGAAGCGAGAUAAAAUUGAAAAGGCCGGCUUGAAGAUACCAACAAAACUCAACAACCAGAAUAACAAAUCAGUUAAGGGUGUCAGGACCACUCCGGCCAAUACUCCUUCUAGCGCUAACAAUCGACACACACCUGCGGACUUCAAGUUGAUACAGCAAUAUCUCAAAAAUUCCUUAUCUGGUGAAGCGAACAAUAAAGGCAAAGCAAAGCCAAAAGCUAACCAACCAGUAGGGAAAUUACGGUAUAGCAGAAGCUAG